AUGGUGGGCCAUCUUAUCAGAGAAGAGGGUUUGCUUGAGGAAUAUUGGGAGAGAAGACCAGAGCAUGAUGAAUGCGGCAGCGGGCAGCACAACUGUGAUAAGAAUGCCAUCUGCACCAACACUGUCCAGGGCCACAGCUGCACCUGCAAACCGGGCUACGUGGGAAAUGGGACCAUCUGCAGAGCUUUCUGCCAAGAGGGCUGCAGAUACGGUGGAACAUGUGUAUCUCCUAACAAAUGCGUCUGUCCUUCUGGAUUCACGGGAAGCCACUGUGAGAAAGACAUUGACGAAUGUGCCUUAAGAACCCAUACCUGUUGGAAUGAUUCUGCCUGCAUCAACCUGGCAGGGGGCUUCGACUGCCUCUGUCCCUCCGGGCCCUCCUGCUCUGGUGACUGCCCUCAUGAAGGAGGACUGAAGCGCAAUGGACAGGUGUGGACCUUGAAAGAAGACAGGUGUUCUGUCUGUUCCUGCAAGGACGGAAAGAUCUUCUGCCGACGGACAGCUUGUGAUUGCCGGAAUCCAAGCGUUGACCUUUUCUGUUGCCCAGAGUGUGACACCAGGGUCACAAGUCAAUGUUUAGAUCAAAAUGGACACAAGCUCUAUCGAAGCGGAGACAACUGGACUCAUAGCUGCCAGCAGUGCCGGUGUCUGGAAGGAGAGGUGGACUGUUGGCCACUAACCUGCCCCAGUCUGAGCUGUGAGUACACAGCCAUGUUGGAAGGGGAGUGUUGUCCCCGCUGUGUCAGUGACCCCUGUCUGGCAGAUAACCUCGCCUACGACAUCAGAAAGACUUGCCUGGACGCCCAUGGCAUUUCCAGGCUGAGCGGCGCAGUGUGGACAAUGGCCGGAUCUCCCUGCACAACUUGCAAAUGCAAGAAUGGAAGUGUCUGCUGUUCUGUGGAUUUGGAGUGUCUUCAUAAUAACUGAAGUAUUUAAAAUGGACUCAUCAUCGCGGGAGAAAAAUGGACGGAAUGACCAUCCAGCAUGGUGAAGAAAAGAAAUUGGUGUUUUUUUUGUUUUUACCACAGACAGUUACCAAAGUCUCCAUCUGAGGAAGGUGUUUGGGGGUUGCCUUUUGGAUCUAUUACUUUGUUCAUUCCUGCUAACCUAGUCUAGGUGACCUACAGUGCAGUGCAUUUAAGUCUAUGGUUGUUAUAAGAAGUUUCCCGUGUUGUAAAUCACUUUUCCCUUAUCAAAUCAUUUGCAAAUACAUUUAAAUGAUCUCAUGGUAAAUGUUGUUGUAUUUUUUGGUUUAUUUUGUGUACUAACAUAAUAGAGA